GCGGGAAAAUGUGAACAAUAUGGUUUCGAGGUGAGCCUGAGCUCUGGGCUCUGCCCUGGACGGUCCCUUCAGGCCCGGGGCCUGCGCGCUCUCUGGGGCUGUCCUGCCUCUUUACCCCGGAACCACCAGCGGCUGGUAGGCUCCCGGGGUAUGAACCCAGCGGAGCAGCACAGAUGCCCGCCUCAGAGGCUCUGAGGAAGUGACAUCUUUGAGUGAUUGAGGCGCCCAUGUUUGAUUUCCCAGCCCGCGGGCAGGCCUUACAGUUUGGCGCCAACACUUUACACAGGUGUGUGAGGCUUUCUUUCAGGUGAGCCAAGAAACGGCACAAAACAGGAGGAGGGAGGGAAGUAAACAGUGUGGUAGCCUUUUCUCAUCGUUUCCUGUCAGAUAUGAACUGAAGCGGUCUGACAGAAGAAUCUACUAGCAUGCUUUUCAAUUUGAAGUUUACGGAUGAUACAGGAUGAAACGCCUCCGGUCCUCCAGCAGCAGUGACACGUCUGACAAUGAGAGUCCUUCGACCUCGUUCUGCUCCUCCAACAAAUAUGGGAGCAAACCUGGAACGCCCGCCUCCAACCAGAAGAAGCCGGCUGAGGUGUUCAGGAAAGACCUGAUCAGUGCCAUGAAGCUGCCUGACUCCCACCACGUCUCCCCAGAGGACUACUACCUGCUGGCAGACACCUGGAAGCAGGAGUGGGAGAAAGGAGUGCAGGUGCCAGCGAGCCCAGACACCAUCCCAGAGCCGUCUGUCAGAGUAAUCGCGGAGAGGCAGAAGGAAGUGCUGUACGCCCACCAGAAGAAGUACAUCCAGUGCUGGAGCCAGGAGUCCCCGGAGCCGGGAUUCGUGAGCAUCAAAGAGCUGGCGGAGGCCAUGUGCCGCUACGACCUGGAUGACAUGGACCUCCACUGGCUGCACGCGCUCAACCACGAGCUCGAACGCAUGGGUGAAGAGCCGGUGGACGAGCUAAUGAUGGAGCGAGCGUUGGAGGCGCUGGAGAGGCAGUGCCACGACAACAUGAAGCACGCCAUCGAGACAGUGGAGGGUCUGGGGAUUGAAUAUGACGAAGACGUCAUCUGUGAUGUGUGUCGCUCUCCGGACAGCGAGGAGGGCAACGACAUGGUGUUCUGUGACAAGUGCAACAUCUGUGUGCACCAGGCGUGCUACGGCAUUGUUAAGGUGCCCAUUGGUAACUGGCUGUGCCGGACAUGCGUCCUCGGCAUUGACCCGCAGUGCCUCCUGUGUCCCCAAAAGGGCGGGGCCAUGAAGGCGACACGAGCCGGCACCAGGUGGGCUCAUGUGAGCUGCGCUCUGUGGAUCCCUGAGGUGAGCAUCGCCUGUCCAGAGAGGAUGGAGCCCAUCACCAAAGUCUCCCACAUCCCCCCCAGCCGCUGGUCUCUGAUCUGCAGUCUGUGCAAGCUGAAGACAGGUGCGUGCAUCCAGUGUUCAGUAAAGAACUGCACCACCCCCUUCCAUGUGACCUGUGCGUUCCAGCACAGCCUGGAGAUGAAGACGAUCCUGGAUGAAGGGGAUGAAGUCAAGUUCAAGUCGUACUGCCUGAAGCACAGCCAGCCCAAAGCCGGAGAGGCCGGCCUGAGCCCGGCUCGAGCCAAAGCCCCUGGAGAGGCGGGGAAGGGGGGCCAGCGAGCUCAGCGGCUGCAGGAGCUGGAGGAGGAGUUCUACACCCUGAUCGAGCCAGAGCUGCUGGCUCGGGACCUUGGGCUGUCCCUGCACCUUGUGGACUUCAUCUACCAGUACUGGAAGCUGAAAAGGAAGAGCAGCUUCAACAGGGCUCUGCUGCCCCCUAAAGAGGAGGAGGAGCAGCUGGUGCUCCAGCCGCAGGAGGACAGCAUCCACACCCGGAUGCGCAUGUUCAUGCACCUGAGGCAGGACCUGGAAAGGGUGAGGAACCUGUGUUACAUGGUGAGUCGGCGGGAGAAGCUGAAGCUGCUGCAGAGCAAAGCUCAGGAGCAAAUGUUCAACUUGCAUGUGAAGCUCACGAACCAGGAGAUGUCUGCAGGUCUUCCUGCUUCGUUCCCCAUGGAGAGUGUGCUGUCCCGGCCUCCUCCGAGGAUCACUCUGAAGCUGAAGAUGCCCAAAGCUCCCGGUGUUGGGAACGGACCGCUGUGCCCAGAUAACAGCGGGAACGUGGGUGAGCACGGCGGUGAGGUGGUGGGCCAGGGGAAGCCUCAGCUGCACGGCCGCAGCAUCAGAGACGAGCGCUCCACCGGCCGAACGUCUUCCACCAGCGGUGCACCGCAGCAUGUUAAACCGAGCGGGAAACCUCUGACGCUGCACAGCGCGCUCCACGGACAGCCAUCCAACAGCAAUGGCAGACUGGAGCGAGACCGAGCACGCCUGCCCAAAUCUAAUGGCGUGCUGGAGAAGGGCGCUGCUCAGAGGGACGGCUCAUGCCAGACGCCCGCUGACCGCAACACUGCAAACGACAAGAGCGGCUUUCGCAAGUCCGCCAUGGAGCACUUUGGCCGCUCCUUCAAACAGGCCACAAUCAACCUGGUCCGGACCACCGAGGACCUGCGGGCCGACAAACUGUCCCGGAAGAGCAGUGCCAAUGAGCGGCUGUGGGCCAAACCAGCGCCGGAGCACCGUGUGAAGAGCGCGCGAUCGUAUCAGGACAGCGACGGGUACUGCCCCGACGCUGAGCUCAGCGACUCUGAGCCAGAGGCCAAAGGUCAGUGCAGGCGGCCACUCGGGCUGCCGGACGUUCCGAGGAAAGGCAAACAGGCACCGGGCUCCAGGCACGCCAUGCAGAGGUGACGGCUGUGCAAACUGUGGGGCUGACGGGCCGCACGAGGACGCACCGUGAAGGUGAUCUGCUCGCUAAGUCCUGACAUACCGACCAUGUUUCCAGCCCCAGCAUCUCUUGGAGCACACGCGCAGUCACAUACACACACGGCGUUGUCUUCCUGUCAUGUGAUGAUGUUUGUCUCCACCCAUGUUGGUCCUGAGAACGGUCAGUGAUGUCACAGCUAAUGAGCAGAUUGCCAAGAAGAGGGUGACAGGAUUUUUGAAGCGACGCUUAGGGCGGGAGGUGCUGUGGGGGGGGGACCCUGCCGUAUUGUGUGCAGGUGUGCACAUGGGCAUGUAAAUACCACGCGACUCCCGCCUGUCAGCGCUGCAUGUCUCCUUGCCUCUGCCUUCACACCAAGGUGCUGCGACUCUUCGUCUACCUUUCUGAAAACACGAAUGCCUUCUGUGUGCAGAAACACUCCACACACUUUAGCUUCCAGAAACAAUAGAAACACAUUCCACGGUGCGACAGACGUUGAACUAAGGUCUUCAAUCAUCAUGAUGAGCCUUUAUUAUAACACAGACUUUAAUUGUGAAAGCAAGCUGCAGUUUUUGUUAUGAGGUGCACUUUUGCUGCUCAGCCCGAAAAAAAAAAGAAAGAAAGAAAAAAAAAAAAUCAUAAGGAGCUCCUGUUAAAGUGGGCGUGCUCUUCUCCUCACUUCCUGUCGUGUACCUGCACUUCCUGCUCAAUGAUCGCGUCAGCUCCAACUCCUCUGAACACUCAGUUUAUCAGUUUUUUAUACCGUUGGCCCUCUGUGAAGUCACAGAGAGAGAAUAGAAACCCUGCCUACAAGCUGUUUGGAACAGCUAGAGGGGCAGCAAUCAGAAGACACUAACCAGGAGCAGUGCUAAACAGCUUGUUUCAGGUGGAGGGGCUGUUGGAGCUGAGAAUCACGCAAAGCUGCUGUUAUGGGGCGGAGUUUAAACUUCAGCUGUGAUCUGAAAAUCAGGAAAACGUGUUGAGAGCUCGACUGACGCGUUUGGGUGUAGAAACAGGGUAAAAACUGUGCUGCUGCCACGUGCUCUGACUGCCUCUCUUAGGGCAUCUCCACUUGUGUCACUACGAGUAGCCGAGAGGUUCACUUUGAGGAUUAAACCAUCACGGAGAGCGAUUUCACUGAGAACUUCAGUGUCGAUCAGGUUCAGUUAUAACGUUCAAAUGCAACCUCUGGUGAAUGUGCGUGUGGUCUCGGGUCGACGUUCUGCCCUUCAGGCGUGUGCGUUUGGUUUAUUGCAGUAAUGAUAUUAAUCGGCGGUCUGAGUCGAGCUGCGUGGACACCGUCGCUCAGUUUUCGUGUCCUGUUUGCUGCCCACGAACCACUAAAGCUCGAGUGUCCGCAAACAUGGCCAAAACAGUGACAUCAUCUCCAGGACCAAAGCGCCAGCAGCGUGACGCGGCGGUCUGAAGGUGGAGGCAAGCGCCAUAUUUGAAACGAGUCGGUUUCUUUUUUUUCUUUUUUCUUUUUUGGUUGAGCUGCAGAAACAGAACCCGUCACGGGUUUGUCCUAUUUUUCUACAGAUGCUGAGUCAGUGCUUUUAUUUUAUACCUUCAUUUUUACCUCAUUUUUACGCUGAUCCUUCCUCAUUUAACAGAAACCGUCUCUCGUGCCUCAGCAUGGUGUCUCCACACAGACCGCAGGCAUGGUCACAGGCUGUAAACGAGCCUGUCGGCUCAGGAGGUUGAA